AUUUAUUAUUUUGGCAUUUAUAGGGGAGUUUUUUGCGUCGACUUAAUGUCUGACAGACUUUCCCUGCCACAUUUUUAUUGUGUUAUAUAGUGGAUUCGUCCAUUAUUUUUAUUUAUUACAUUGAGGCUUUGUCCUCAUAUUCUAUUUUGAGGCUUUGGCCUCGUAUUAUAUUGAGGCUUUGUCCUCAUAUUUUAUUUUGAGGCUUCGUCCUCGUAUUAUAUUGAGGCUUUGUCCUCAUAUUUUAUUUUGAGGCUUUGUCCUCAUAUUUUAUAUUGAGGUUUCGUCCUCAUUAUUUUAUGUUGAGGCUAGGUUCCUCAGUUUGAGGCUUUGGUCCUCAUUGUUCUAGGCCCCUGUUCCUUUGUUUGUACUGCUUAUUUGAUUUGUUUGCAGUGAUAUGUGUGUGGUUCUGUUGUUGUAUUUUUGUCUAGGGUAACCAGAUGCCAAUAUUAUUUGGUUUGAAUUUCUAUUCACAUUUUUUGCCUUUUUUGUCUAUUUUUUAGUCUUUAUUCAUGCAAUCCGUUAUUUUGGUUUACAUGCAGCUACAUUAACUUUAAUCUCCGGUUUUGUUGGCUCCCCUGUUUUGAUAUGUGUGGACAUUACAGUCCUGCAUUUAUUGUGAUGAGACACUGUUAUACGUUGCUUUAUGCUUUACUCUCCACGUCACAUCAGUGCUUUUAGCUUUGUUGUUUCUGAGGAAUUUACGGUUUAUUUGUUUUGUUUGGGAGAUCCUGAUUGAUUUAUUAAUUGGUUACACAUUGUUCUUUAAUGGUAGCACAUUCUGGCUUUUUUAAAGAAGUUGUUUUUAUAGUUUUUUCAUUUUACUGCAGGUGCUAAGGUAUACACAUGCAGCUCCCUUUCAUGAACGCCUUUUGAAUGAAGCCAGUCUUGAGCAGAGUACCAACCAGCUUUAUCCAACCAUCUUCAGCUUUCCCUUGGCAUCUCUCUUAAGAAAGUCAAUAGCUCUGCAUUCUCUUUGGUUCCUCAAUUCAGUUCAACAUAGUAUGCAAGAAAUGUUCCAAAGAGUUGUACACAUUCUGCUGAUCAGUUUUCCAGGAGUUGCAUCUCUAGUGUCGGGCUACUCAAGAGCAGCUGCUGCGUCCCUUGGCACG